CCCUCCAGUGUCAGUAUCAACUCGUGACUGCCUCACGAGUGUUGUUACCGGUGACCCUGGUCACAUCACAACUUAAUUUGAAUCAUCGAUGUUAGUACUACACGACAAGAAUCACACGACAUACGCAAUUUACAAAUUGUCAAUUGAAAUUAAACAAAAUAAACCAAACUAAAUUAAUAAAUUAAAUAAAACAAACAAAAAAAAAAAAUUUAUACAUCAAUUUUUGUGUGUGAAUCAUGCAGCUUAUUAGUUUAAUAUUAUUUUUUCUACUUGGAACAAUAAAUGCCGAUGAAGAAGGUGAAAUAAUACAGCCAGAAAUUGAAAUAUCUCUUGGAAAAAUAAAAGGAUCAAUAAUACAAUCAAGAUUGAAGAAAAAAAUUUUUUCAUUUCGAGGGUUGAGAUAUGCUGAGCCUCCAUUUGGUCAACAACGUUUUCAACAAGCAAUUCCAGCUAAAAAAUGGAAUGACACAUUUGAUGCUUCAGAAGAGGGACCAUCUUGUCCUCAGCCUGGAGGAAAAUAUCAAUCUGAAGAUUGUCUCAGAUUAAAUGUUUAUUCAACAAAACUUUCAACGAAAAAUGAUAUUGUGAAAAGACCAGUUAUAGUUUUUUUCCAUCCAGGUGGUUUCUAUGGUUCAUCAGGACAAAGUUUCAUUGAAGGACCACAAUAUUUUAUGGAUCAAGAUAUUGUUCUUGUUACAGUUAAUUAUCGACUAGCAUCUCUUGGUUUUUUUAGUACUGGUGAUUCUUUGGCACCUGGUAAUCUUGGUCUUAAAGAUCAAGUAGCUGCAUUGAGAUGGAUAAAAUUAAAUAUUGAAAAUUUUGGUGGUGAUUCAAAUUGUGUUACAAUAAUGGGUUACAGUGCUGGUGGUUGGAGUGUAUCACUUCAUCUUGUAUCACCAAUGAGUAAAGAUUUAUUUCAUCGUGCAAUUGUCAUGAGUGGAUCAGCAACAUAUCAAAAUUCAUUACCAAAUGAUCAAAAAAAUUUAGCUAAAAAACAAGCUGAGCUACUUGGUUGUCCAACAGAUACUACUGGAAAUAUGUUAAUUUGUUUAAAUACCAAAACAACUGAAGAAUUUGUCAACACAACUAAAGAAUUUUUCGAAUGGCAUGGUGAUCCAAUUUUAGUUUGGAUGCCAGUUGUUGAGCCAGAAGUACCAGGAGUUGAAAGAUUUCUUACUGGACAACCUGCUGAUUUAAUACGUGCUGGAAAAUUUCAUCAAGUGCCACUUAUUGCUGGAGUUACUGAAGAUGAAUUUGGUGGAGUUGUUGUUUCGGUUAUUGAAGAUGCUGAAAAAGGUGAUGAUUCAAUAUUUCAAGAUUUAAAUGCAAAUUGGAGUACAAUUGCACCAAUAAGUUUUUUAUAUGAACGUGAUACACAAAGAUCAUUAUCAAUAAGUGAAGAACUUUGGAAAUAUUAUAUGAAAAAUAAACCAAUUGGUCCAGAUAAUUAUCAGGGUCUUGCAGAUCUCUAUGCUGAUGGAGUUGUUGGUUUUUCAGUUCAUCGACUUGUCACACUCAUGUCACAAGCAAGCAAAGAACCAGUUUAUUACUAUAAAUUUUCUUAUAAAGGACAAGAGAGUCAUGUUAAAUGGGCAAACAAUACACCAUAUGGCGUAGUUCAUCAUGAUGACCUUCUUUAUUUUUUUAACGUCAGUUAUUUUAAUUAUUUCGAUGAAAAUUCAGUUGAGACACCAAUUGUCGAACGUAUGACAACAAUGUGGACAAAUUUUGCAAAAACAGGUAUACCAUUACCAAAAGAUAAUAAAUUAAAUUCAAAUAUUGAAUGGAUUAAAUAUAAUCAAAAGAAACCAGCAUAUUUAAAUAUUGGCAAUGAACUUGAAAUUAUUAUGACAGGAAUAAAUACAGAAAGAAUGAAUGAAUGGGAUAAAUUAUUUCCAUUAAAAUCACUUCCUGGUUCUGCAUAAAUAAUGCAAAAAAAAAAAAAAUUAUCAUUACUACUUGUCUUGAAUUAAAAGUAAAUUAAAAAUAAAUGUUUUUUUUUUUUCUUUAUUGUAUCAAAAUUAAUAAUUUUGAUUUAUUGAUAUUUAAAAUAUAAAAAAUAAUUUGUAUUUUUAGAAAACAAAAAAAAUAAUGUUAAAUUUAUUUUUAAAAUUAUUUAUUAUUGUAAAAUUUAUAUCAUUAAAUGUCAAGCUUUAAAAUGUGAUUAAUAUUAUCAAUUUUUUUUUUUUUUUCUUUUAUAAAAUAAAAAAAUUAAAAAAAAAUUAUUCAUGACGUUUUUAUCUCAUUUAAAUUCUUGGUAAACAAGAUACUUAAUGACCCCUGUUUUGAUGUAUUUUAUUACAUUAUUAUCUCAUGUAAAAAUAAAAAUUUAAAACACAAAUAUUUUAAAGAAAAAUAUAAAA